AUGGGAGAGGGUCAGAGAGUGUGCCACUUGAUGCUGCCCUGGGGAGUGGGCGCAGUCACUAGGAUUGACAUUGCCUGUGGGGUACACUGGGAGCAGGGAGCAGAGGCCAUGGGCAGGUCGCUGGUGGUCCCUGCUGCUUUUGAGGAAAUUCUGAACCUUCUAAAGGACUUCAGCCCUCUCCACGUCCACAGAGUCCAGAGCGGCUGCAAGUGCUUUGCGUUUGUAGAUCUGGGCUCCAUGCAGAAAGUGGCACUCGCUAUCCAAGAGCUGAAUGGCAAGUUCUUCCACAAGCGAAAGCUGUUCGUGAACACAAACAGAAGGCCCCCCAAGAGGAUCCCUGAUGUGCCUAUGUGGCCCCAGGAGCUGCCGGUACUAGAGAAGGCUUCUGGUAAAGGAUUGACCAAAAAUCUUGCUUGCACACAGCACACGCCUAAGGCUGCUGUUGACCCCUGUGAGACUGAGAAGCUGAGGGCAGCCUUCUUCAUGGUUCCUGUGGAAAUGAGAGGCUCCUUCCUGGUGCUGCUUCUGAGGGAAUGCUUCCGGGACCUGCGCUGGCUGGCUAUCAUCCACAGCAUCCGUGGGCAUGUGGGGCUGCUGGUGACCAGCGUUGUCCCUCAGACCCCAUUCUUCUGGGCCAUGCACAUCACUGAGGCUCUGCACCAGAACAUGCAGGCGCUCUUCAGCAUCCUGGCAGAGGCCGAGGAGCGGCAGCCCUACCUGGCUGGCUCCGCUGUGCAGCGCGGGACCCGCUGCCUGGCAGAGUACCACCUGGGCGAUUAUGGACAGGCUUGGAACAGGUGCUGGGUGCUGGACAGGGUGGACACCUGGGCUGUCGUCAUGUUCAUCGAUUUUGGCCGGUUGGCCACGAUCUCCGUGCAGUCUCUGCGCCGCCUGGAUAGCGACGACUUCUGGACCAUCCCACCUCUGACACAGCCGUUCAUGCUGGAGAAAGACAUUUUGAGUUCAGAUGAGGUUGUUCAUCGAAUCCUCGAAGGGAAAAUCACCGGCGCUUUGAACUUGGAGGUAACUGCCCCUGUAUCUAACCUGGCCAUUCUCCCUCCACUCCCAUCCUGGGGUCUCAGCGGCAGAGUGCUGCCUCCUGGACACAGUGUUUACCUGGCAUUCCCUUAG